UAGAAUAAGAAAUGAUAUCCUCUGCAAUAGCUAACAUAGAGGUCAUAACUCCUCCAAUUGAGACUUUAAUUGAUAUGGUUAACCAUGACGAUCUUGUUUGUACUGUGAAAGGUUGUGAGAAAAAAAUGAAUAAUGCUUCAUCACUGCGGUUACAUAUUGUUAAAUCACAUGGUAUUGGAACAUUAGGAAAAAAAGAAUCAAAUGGAAAAACUCUUAUGUAUGCUUGUCCUAUCUUGGGUUGUCCGAGAAGUGCAGAUUCACAAAGACAGCAUUUUUUUCGAAUUUUAUACAGAUUAAAACUACAUUACACAAGUCAACAUGCAGAAAAAAAAUUUACUUGUGGCAAGUGUUUAAAGAAGUUUGGUUCAUUUGAAAUCAAGGAAAAACACAUGGGUAGAUGCCACCAACUUUUUCAAUGUUCAUGUGGUACUUUCUACACUACACGAAAUGCUGUAUUGACACAUGCUAAACGAAAAGGACCUGAUCACAUUCUUAUUGAAAAUGAAGGGUCACCACAACAAAAUAAGCACGAAACUAAACUUAAAAACGACAAGCUAAGUCUGCAAAAUCUUCAAACGUAUACUAUACCAGGUGUUCUUUACAUACUUCCAUCUCAAGCAUUAAAUGGAAAAUUGAAAUCAAGUGGGAAUAGCUUCAGCUCAAAGCAAGUAGAUAUAUUGCCGAAAGUCGAUCCUAUGAUUCUUAAUGAAAGUAGUUCUUAUGUUUCAGAUAAAUCAAUGAUCAUAGAAUCCAAUUACAAUUACCAAACUGCACAACCUGUGAAUACUCUACCUAUUGAUAGUGAUUUUAUUAGUGAUGGUAAUUCUUCUAAAUGUGAUGAUGAAAAAAAUAAUGACAAAAACAGUUCAUUUGAUUUCAAAAUUGAAGUAAACAAUGUUAAAAAUGCUGUUUUCAGCUUAAACAACAGAUUGUUGAAUUCAAAAUCUUCAAACAAAGAAUUUCAAAAGUUAAGUAAGUAUGAAAAACGUAUGUUAUACCUUGCAUCUAAGGAAGCUAAAGAAGUUCUUUCCGAUCCUCUCUUGCUAAAAAUGACGCUUUUAAAGCAGCAACAGCAACAGGAAACAAAAAAAAAGAAGUCAAAAACAGCGAGUAGUGUAUCUAAAAAAAAAUUAUUUAUUGAACAAGCUGUCCAAACUAAAGUAAGCUCACAACUUAUUGAUUGUUAUGGAGAGCUUGGUUCCUCUGCUGAUAGUUUAGCAAAGACUUUUUGUAUAACACCAAACAAUUUUAAAGAUAUUGAUCCUGGAGUUCAGAAAAACAAUUUAACAUGCAAAAACUCUGAAAGUUUACGAACUUGUGAUUUUGGCAUGCAAUGUAAACUGCCAGUGGGUUCUGAAAAUAUUUUUUCUUUAGAUGAGGAAACACAAACAGAUAGUUUAAUGACUUGGUUGUCUGAAUUUAAUGAUGGUUGCAAUAUGGAGACUCAAACAGUUUUGAAAGAUUCUAAUCUUCCUUUAAGUAAAUCAAUCCAACUUGAUUUUCUUAUAAAUGAGUCAUCACUAAGUGAUCAGAUAGGUGAUUGUAAUAAUAUAGGAACACAAACAACACACAACAUGAACAAUAGCUGGUUGUCUGAAAAUUUUAGUGAAGUCUUUGCUAUUGGGCAAAAUACGUCAUCUACCCAAACAGAUCCUGAUUGCUUAUAUUUAAAUAUAGAUUUCUCAAGAAAUAAACGUGAUCUCUUACCAAACUCUUAUAACCAAAAUCAGGAUGAUAAUAUUAUAUCUACCAACACGUUUGGCACUCAAACAUUCUCUUCAAUACAUCAACAAAUUUAUUCAUCUGGUACUCAAACGUUCGAUUUAAUCGAUUUGAUGUUAGAUGAAACAACAAAAAAUAAUGAAACUCAAACUCCUUUGUCUUUUUGUGAUCUUGUUGAUUCAUUUAUUACAGAGGAGUACUUGAAUGUUCCAUCAUUUGUGAGCAAACCUAAGAGUUUUAUUGGUUAGGAUUUUUUACAUUUUUAGCAAAUAUUUAUAUACAAGGAUUAGUAAUAACUAUAUAAAUUAACAUUG